AUGACGACCAAGGAAGACCAACUAAAUACCGCCGCCUCCGCCGCCGUCACACCACCAAUAUUCAUCUCCACUUCCUCACUUCAGUCCCUCAUAACCCACAAAUCCCUAAUCCACCACCUCCAAUCCACUCUCCCAACUCUCUCCCCCACAAUCCACUCCCCCAUCCGCCAUGCCCACCAAACAAGCCCUUCAUCUUCUCUCCUCCUCAUGCCCUCUUGGUCUCUCUCCCCUUCCCUUCCCUACGUCGGGAUCAAAUUAGUCACUUAUCAUCCCAACAAUUCAACACAAAACUUACCCGGGGUGCAGGCGAGUUAUGUGCUAUUCAAUUCACUAACUGGACAACCCUUGGCCUCAAUCGACGCCACUGAACUCACCUAUUAUAGAACUGCUUGUUUAUCGGCUUUAGCUUCGUUUUACUUAUCGAGAGAGGAUUCGGAAACCCUUUUGAUGAUUGGUGCUGGUUCUUUAGCGCCACAUUUGAUCAGGGCUCAUUUGAGUGUUAGGCCAGGAGUCAAAACAGUGGUCAUUUGGAAUAGAACUGAAGAGAAGGCAAGAAAUUUGGCUGAGAAAAUGAGAAAUGAGAGUGGCUUUGUAGGGGUUCGUUUCCAGUGCAAUGGGUGUAAUUUGGAGGAGGUUGUGAAAGAGGGCGAUAUUAUCAGCUGUGCUACAAAUUCAGAGAUUCCAUUGGUGAAGGGAGUGGAUUUGAAGGCCGGGACACAUCUGGAUUUGGUGGGAUCAUUUAAACACUCGAUGAAAGAAUGUGACAAUGAUGCUAUAAGGAGGGGACGAGUGUUUGUCGAUAAUGAGGCUGCGCUGACAGAGGCUGGGGAAUUGGUUGGUGCAUUUGAGAAAGGAGUCAUCACGAAGGAUGAAAUUGCAGGCGAUUUGGUAGGAUUGAUCAAGGGGGAGAAGCCGAAGAGGAGGAGUUCUGAGGAAAUUACCGUGUUUAAAUCCGUUGGUUCUGCAGUUGUCGAUCUUCUGAGUGCCCAGCUGGUUUAUGAGAAUUACAUAAAAUCAGGGCAGUGA